AUGGGCUCAACAAUUUUCUUGUUCCUUCUUCUCUCUCUAGCAUUCCCUCACUGCAUUUUUCAUCAACCAAUAGUAUUUGUUAAUGGGGACAUGAGAUUGAUCCAAGAAACUUGCAAGAACACCAAGUACUACGACCUCUGUGUCUCAUCUCUCAAACGUAAUGCCACGAGCACAAAAGCAGACACCAAAGGUCUAGCAAUCAUCAUGAUCGGUGUUGGAAUGGCUAAUGCCACAGCCACAUCGUCUUAUUUGUCAUCUCAGUUGUUUAGCACUACACCAAAUGAUCCUAUCUUGAAGAAGGUACUAAAAGAAUGUGCAGACAAGUACAGUUACGCUGCCGAUGCCCUUCAAAAUUCAGUUCGAGAUUUGGGCACAGAGUCCUUUGACUACGCUUAUAUGCAUGUCAUGGGUGCCUCAGAUUAUCCAAAUGCUUGUCGUAAUGCGUUUAGAAGGUACCCUGGAUUGGCUUAUCCUUCUGAGCUUGCACGUAGAGAGGCUGGUUUGAAGCAUAUUUGUGAUGUGGUUCUGGGAAUCAUUGACCAUCUUGGUUGGUGA